AGCUUUAAAAUAGGUUGUGACCUAGAUUUCUGGCAAUGGCUGUGGCCAGAGCGCCCGCGAAGGUGAUCCUGUGUGGGGAGCAUGCCGUCGUCCACGGAUCCACUGGCGUGGCCGCCGCCAUUGGGAUCUACACGCGCGCACGGAUCGAGAGAGGAGACUCCCCCAGCUUUCUUCUCGUGCUGCCUGAUCUCAAUGUGACGCUGGAGUGGUCGCUGGAUUUCAUCCGGCAGGAGCUGGGGAUUUCGGCGCUGCAGGAAGUGGAUCCCAUGGCUGUGCGGCAGGAUCUCGCAGGGAAACUGGCGGCAUUGCUGGAGAAGCGAGGGACUCGUGGAAAUUGUGAGCUUCCUCCCGAGUUUUCUGGUGGAAAACUAGCAGGAGUGGUGGCUGUUUUGUUCCUCUACGUCUCCAUCGUCGGGUUGAAGCCGGUGGUCUUGACGAUCGAGUCGGAGAUUCCCAUGUCUUGCGGGCUUGGAUCCUCGGCAGCUCUAGCAGUCUCAGUGGCUGCCUCGCUCCUCGCUUUCGCUCGUCCCCAAAAGGAUGGGAAACUUGCUGGGAGCAAUUGGAUCGGCGUUUGCGAGGACGACGCACGGCUCAUCAGCAGCUGGGCUUUCGAGGCAGAGAAGAUCAUCCAUGGAAAUCCAUCCGGGAUCGACAAUACAGUGUGUACUUUCGGAAACGUUGUCAAGAUGAAGAAUGACAAGAGAGAAGUGCUCACAAACCUGGCCUCGCUGCAAAUGCUUAUCACGAACACCAAAGUUCCCAGAGACACCAAGAAAUUGGUGAGCGGCGUUCGUCAGCUCAAGGAGAAGCACCCCAAGGUCAUGUCUGGCAUCUUUGAUGUUAUCGAUUCCAUCUCGGAAGACUUUCUCGGGAUCCUCCAGUCACAGCCCGCGACUGAUCAGUCCCAGCAGGAAAAGCUGGAGGAGCUCGUCGUUUUGAACCAAGGUCUUCUUGGAACGAUUGGAGUGAGCCAUGCGUCCAUUGAGAAGAUUUGCAAGAUCACAGCCAAGUACGGCUUGAAAUCCAAGCUCACCGGAGGAGGAGGUGGCGGCUGCGUGAUCACUUUACUUCCAAGAGGUAGAAAGCUUUUCUCAAGUCUUCUUUAUGUUCUUCUCCUAACCCUCGCUCGCUCGUGCAGGACUGUCUCCAAAGGUCUUGGAACAAGUGAGCGACGAUCUAAACAGCUCUGGGUUUGAAUGCUUACAAGCAGAAGUUGGUGUUCAAGGAGUCCAGAUUUUGCAAUAGCAUCAAAGGUUUGCCCGAUUUAAGACUGGUUUUUCUCCCUGAAGCACUUGGUACAUUCGCACGCGAAGCCGUAGUCCGACAGCAUUGCUUGUCUCUCGGUGUACGAUAAAUCUUCCUCCUCGAUGUAUGAGGUGAAAAUCUGAAAACCAUUUUGAGUGAAAACAAGAAAGAAAGAUUUGAUUCACCUGUU